UACUUUACAUACAACAGUAGUUUAGUUAUAUAAUAUGGACUUAUAGAGAGAGACCUUCUAAAAAACGUUAAAAUGUAUUACCGGCACGCGAAACCUUAAGUUAAAGUGAAUAAGUGAAGACUCGCACACCACUUCUGAAAGGUUGCCGACCCCUGUGCUAGUGUGAUGCAAACAAAAAAGCGUUCCCAGCAUCACUGGGAACAGGAGAACUAGGCUUGCUGAGCAAUACAUCGGUAAUGAGCUACUCGGUGCGCUGCGGGGGGCGGUCUGGGGGACGGAUGGAUGACGGGGCUGAACGUCACGUGAUCCUGCUGCGGGCAGCAGGAAAGAGGCAAAUAAGUAGCACACAUUGGCGGGUUGUACUGUCCCCUUAAGAGGCGGGACUUCCGGCGCUUCCGAUGCCGUGACAGCUGCGUCGGCGAAGGGUGGGAACGGGAACCGGAAGUAGCUGUUGGUGGCCGAAUUCGCACGAGCCACGUCUGGCUACGAGUCGAUUCGGCGGCGCCUGCACCCCACGCCCUGCUGCCCGGCGGCUGCGGCAGCUCCAUCAGGAGGCGGAGGCCGGCCCAGGCGCGAUCUGGAUUCCCCGACCUCGCGGUAGCUCGGUGUGUAGCGAGGUUCCGGCGGCGGCUGAGCUCGGAGAGAUGUCGGAUCUGGGGGACUGGUUCCGGAGCAUCCCUUUAAUCACCCGCUACUGGUUCGCCAGCUCCAUCGCGGUGCCGCUUAUCGGCAAGCUAGGCCUCAUCAACCCCGCCUAUCUCUUCCUAUGGCCCGACGCCUUCAUCAACCGCUUCCAGAUCUGGAGGCCAUUAACUGCAACAUUCUACUUCCCAGUGGGCCCAGGAACUGGAUUUCUCUAUUUGGUGAACUUAUAUUUUUUGUAUCAGUAUUCAUCACGACUAGAAACAGGUGCUUUUGAUGGAAGGCCAGCGGAUUAUAUGUUCAUGCUUCUGUUUAACUGGAUUUGCAUCGUUAUAACUGGCUUGGUGAUGGACAUGCAGUUGCUGAUGAUUCCCCUGAUAAUGUCAGUGCUUUAUGUCUGGGCCCAGCUGAACAGAGACAUGAUUGUAUCAUUUUGGUUUGGGACAAGAUUUAAGGCUUGUUAUCUACCAUGGGUUAUUCUGGGAUUCAACUACAUCAUUGGAGGAUCCAUCAUCAAUGAGCUGAUAGGAAAUCUGGUUGGACACCUAUACUUCUUCUUAAUGUUUAAAUAUCCAAUGGACUUGGGAGGAAGGAAUUUCCUAACCACACCCCAGUUUCUAUACCGCUGGCUGCCAAACAGGAGAGGAGGGGUAUCAGGAUUUGGUGUUCCACCCGCUAGUGUGCGAAGGGCUGCAGAAGAUCAACAGGGUGGUGGAAGACACAACUGGGGCCAAGGUUUUCGGUUAGGUGACCAGUGAAAAACUGCUGCUUUUGGCAAACAGUUGCUGCACAUAGGAAUAACCCUUCCUGGUGCAGAGUGUGCUUAAGAACUGAGUUCUCUCUAGUGCUUUUGGAGUUGACCCAUAAAGAAUUUUUCUGGCGCAAGACAAAAUUAAGAACUCUUGAAGAAAAAUGUAGAUUUUACCCCACGUUAGAAAGUAGUGCUCAGUUCAAUACUGCCAUUAAAAAAGCCACCUUAGUAUUGUCCGUCUGUCACAGUGUAUCCAUUCCACCUCUCUCCUCUCUGAUGGAAGAUGCUGAUGGGUUUUGUCUGUGUUUCUCUUCCUCUGAUACGUGAAGAGUUAAGAAUCCAGUCUUUGGCUAAAGGAUGGCUCAAAGUAAUGUCUUCAUCUGUACAUCGAAAAGACUGAUUCAUCAAUAUUUAUGCUUGGAUUCUAGUCUUCAAUAACUUUACUUCUUAGGUGGCAGUAACUGCUCUGCAUUGAUAAAGCAAGACUAAAAGCUUUAGAAGCUUCCUUUCAGUUAUCAAACUGUAUUUCAGGAAAGCAGUUUUAUUUUCUCUUGCCAUGCAACAUUGAUGAAGAGAUGCUACCCUAGGCACUGCAGCAAGAGAGGGGAAAGGGUAAGGACAACAGAUAGCUUUCUUUUCAAUUUCUUACGGCCAUUGCCAAUAUUCAUGGAUAUCUAAAUCUCUCUGAACCCUCAGUGUAAUGUACAUGGUUUGGUGUGUUUAAACCAAGGUUACAGCUGUUGCUUACUAUCCUGAAAUCUGAAAAAGGUUGGCUUCCGGGUUCAUAUUUUAGUUGCAAAAUUAAAUAGAACAAAUCUUACUUACAAGUAGAAAAUGUUUUGGGUAUUCAUCUGAAGGGUACUGACUGCAGAGUUAUGUUUGUAUUAAUAAGAUGAGACUACUGCAUUCUCUUUAAAAGCUUUAAGAAAUUAAAUAAUCAGAACUGGAAAUAAACUUAGUCCAGGUUACAAGAUGCAGUAGAAUUGAUUGCUUUUCUAAGGCCUUUCUCGUUCUCAAACAAGAAGCUAUAUAAAGCUGUUAAUCAGUUCCUCUUUUUGCAAUUACUCAAUUUCUCUUAUUGUGGGGUGGGGGAUGAUUGAGACACAUCUACAGUCUUCUCCUAAUAUAACCAUGAGGCAGUGGGUUCUAGUGAGCUGAGUACACGGCUAGGAGCCAGGAACUUCUAAUCCUGGCUCUUUCCACUGAUUCACCAUGUGGCCUUGAGCAAGUUACUUAGCCUCCACAUCUCCAUUUUCCCAUCUGUAAAAUGGGACUGGUACUUAUCACACAGGCUCAGUUAGUUUUAUAUAGUGCUGUGAAAAUGGGAAGUGCCAUGAAAGUGCUAAAUAUUAUUAUAGUUAUUACUGCUGUUUUUCUUCUGGCGGUAAACUUGUAGGUUUCUAAAUACUGCCACUCACCCUGAGCCUGGGAGAAAAUAAGCAAAUUGGAUUUGCUCCUUUUAUCUGUGACUGGCUUCUAAAGGAUGCAUUUUCUUUUAACACACCAUAGUUGUGGUGGUCUUCUGGCUCAUGGAUGAAUGCAGGGAACUAGUGAUCAUGUUACAUGUUCAUGGCUGUGCAGGUAUAUAGAGGUUCAGAACUCACUUAGCCCUUCUAGUUUCAGUAAUCAAGUUUUAAAGAUGCUCUUGCCUUGUCUUAUUUAUAUUUUAAUGAUGGUAAGUGGAAAGACUCCACUGGUGUAAAUGCUACUGUACCUAUUACCAUAAGUAAUGUUGACUUGUGACAGUCCAGGAGCCAUCAUGCAUACAGUAGUCAUGUUGCAGCUGGUCUCCAAUUAGUCAUGUGUAUGUCACUGUCUUCAAAGCAGUUGUCUUCAUUUUAGAAGCAGAAUCUAAGUGUUAAGCACAGUGACAGUUUAAGUGAUUGUCACAUAAGUUAUGAUUUAGAUGUAUGCUGGUUGAAAUUCAUCUCUGUGCUGAGGGAUAGCACAAAGGCUUAAAUGUUGGGGUUGUCCCUAUGCACAGAGGUGAAUUUCACUUUCGAGUGCACACUGCAUGAACAAUGCCUUCUAUGACUCUACAAGUCAAAUGUGUUUGCAAGGAAAAGAGAAGCUUUUGACAUGAGAUUCUUGAUUUAAACACUUUUCAAAGGCCAAGAUGACUGGUCUUGCAAAUUUGGAACCCUGAACUAAUCUUAAAUUCACUUCGAAUACUCUGCAUUUCCCAUUUGAUGACCUACAGCUGUACCUGUGUGUACUUGAAUCUACACUGACAAUGGCAGAUUCUCUUGUUAUAAGGAGGCACUCAUUCUUUUGUACAGAGAAUUUCCCUUUUUGUAACUAAUUUUUUUGUUGGCAAAGUUUAAAUUAAAAUUUUAAUCUCUGAA